AUGUCUCAGAAACAGAUUUUCCUGCUGCAGGUCCUGGUUUGGGCUGCUUGCCUUCUCAUGAUCCCAGCGGAAGCAGGAUGUGUGACUGGGCAGCUGGAAUUAGUGACCCAAGGGAGUCUCCAGGGGAAACAAGUAGCUGUGAAGGGAACGGACCGUCGUGUGGAUGUUUUCCUGGGAAUCCCAUUUGCCAAGCCCCCAGUGGGGCCCCUGAGAUUCUCUCCCCCGCAACAUGCUGAGUCCUGGGAUGGAGUUAGAGAUGCCACAGCCUUCCCACUGAUCUGCUUACAGGACUUGGAGAUGAUGAGAAGAUUGAAAGAGCUUAUGGAUAUAAAAGAGGACUUGCUACCAACUUCAGAAGACUGCCUAUUCCUCAAUGUUUACACCCAGGCCUGCUGUGCAGAAAGGAAGGACAAGUUACCCGUGAUGGUCUGGAUUCACGGAGGAGGAUUGAAGUUAGGAGGGGCUUCGCUGUUUGACGGAUCAGUGCUGUCUGCCUACGAGGAUGUGGUGGUGGUAUCAAUCCAGUACAGACUUGGGAUCCUGGGAUUCUUCAGCAUAGGGGAUGAGCAAGUGCCCGGCAACUGGGGAUUUCUGGACCAAGUGGCCGCCCUGCAGUGGGUCCGAGACAGUAUUGCUUCUUUUGGAGGAGACCCCAGCUCUGUGACCAUCUUUGGAGAGUCUGCAGGAGGAGUCAAUGUUAGCGCACUUGUUUUGUCCCCUUUGUUCACAGGCUUGUUCCACAGAGCUAUCUCUCAGAGCAGGGUCUCCAUCUUCCCUGGCAUAGUUACUGCUCACCCUGAAGCUGUUGCCAAUAUUAUUGCUAAUCUGACUGGAUGUGAAGCAGCUAGUAUGGCUGAGACAGUUGAGUGCCUGAGGAAAAAGGCAGUGAAGGAGGUGGUUUUGACUGUUCAACAACAACAGCAUCUCCCUCUUGGAACUGCCUCAGUGGAUGGUAUCUUUUCCCCUAAGGCCCCAGAAGAGCUCUUGAGACAGCAAGAAUUCAACAGAAUCCCCUAUUUAAUUGGUACCAAUAACCAUGAGUUUGGCUGGUUAUUGCCAAUGGCCAUGAACUUUUCUGGACUGAAAGAGGGAAUGACUAGAGAAACUAUUCUAUCCACACUAAAGUCUGUAAGAGUCAUAUUGGACAUUCCCUCUGAGUUGGUGCAUUUGUUAGCUACUGAGUAUCUGGGCAAUGAAGAGGAUCCACUUGCUCUAUGGGAUGCCUUUCUGGACUUGAUGGGAGAUAGAAUCUUCAUAAUAACAUCUCUCAAAAUAGCCCAGUACCACAGAGACGCUGGUGCACCAGUCUACUUUCAUGAAUUUCAGCAUCGACCAAGUUUUUUCAGCAAAAUCAAACCUGAUUAUGUGAAAGCCGAUCAUGGGGAUGCAAUCACCUUUGUCUUUGGAGGUCCCUUCGUGGCCAAUGAGAGCUUCCUAUUUGCUUUUCCAGAGGCCAGCGAGGAGGAGAAACAGCUGAGCAAAACAAUGAUGCGAUACUGGGCGAACUUUGCUAGGACUGGAGACCCUAAUGGAAAAGGGCUGUUCCACUGGCCCCUCUUUGACCUGACCGAAUCAUACCUGGAACUAAACUUGACCACAGAGAUCGGGAAGAAACUGAGAGGUACCAGGAUGGUGUUUUGGAUGAAGAUUCUUCCUGAAGCAAUCUGGAGGUAUCAAGAAGGGAAGAAGGAGCUGUAA